CAAGGGGCUUUUACGCACAGUUGCCGCCUUCGUGUCCACCGCACACGGCCGAGUUAUGAGUUAUUCACUCGUUUCAUCCUGGUGUAGUUUCUGACUUUGUCUUGAAAACUGAAGGAGAGGUGAGGUACUGAUAUGUGCGGCUGAUCUCCAGGAAGUGGGUUGGUUUCCAGCAUGGCUUCCACGGGCUCGUCACUCCUGAAAGUGGGACUUGUGUUGAUGUUGGCGGGUAAGUUCAAGUAGAUUUCAGGUCAUGCUAAUCAGGUUUCAUUCUGAAGGAUUUAGCAGAAGUACGUUUGUUUAGAAACUAGAGCUUAGAGGCUACUACUUAGAGAUACCUGAAUUCCUUUUGUAUUUUCUUACUUCUUUCGAUUGUUGGUAUUUUCACUUUUUGUUUAUCAAACUUUUGUGGUAAUAAUUCACAUAACACAAAGUUAAAAUACGGAAAAAGUCUGUUUGUCUGGCUUUGUCCGGGGAAAUCCUUCAAAUGUCCGUGGUUUUGUACGUAAGUUUCAGUUUGUGUCACGGGGAAUUACUGAGUUAGAAGCGCGUAAAAGGCUUGGGUUAACUUGGUGGGAUUUUGUGACUCUGCCCCUGUGUGGUCAUGUCCUCUUAAUGGUCACCCUACGAUAGUUUGGAGUCAACUUGGGACCGUGCUGGCGCUCUGGUCUGGUCUCAUGACCCUAUCUGCUCAUUUUAAGUUGGACCGGGACACCCAUGCUUGUGGUUGUUACCUUGUACACAGUUUUAUAGUCACAAAGUUGUACCUUCAUGGGAAAAGUCCAAGGCUAUUUGUUAGCAGCAACUUAGCUCUCCAUUUAGACCAUUUAGCAUGGAGCUUCUGCUAUAUUAGCUGGUUUUAUGCUACUUACAACAUGUAGGUCUGGGCCUUCAUGGGGAUUUUUACCUCCGCCAAGGAGGUUAUGUUUUCGGUAGCGUUGGUUUGUUUGUUUGUUUGUUUGUCUGUUAGCAACUUUACAGAGAAAGUCACAGAUGGAUUGACCUAAAAAUUCUGGAUACUGUGAUCCAGAACACACAAAAAUAAGGGUGUCGUUGGAAUUUUCAAUUCUGAAAGAUAACAAAUGGGCGGCACAGUGGUGUAGAUAGGUGGUACAGUGGUGUAGUGGUUAGCACUGUUGCCUCACAACCAGUCCUGGGUCUGAAUCCAAGUCAGGGUAUUUCUUGUUUAAGGGGGGACAUGAGCUGCUUGGAGGAGGUUUGUGCUCUCCGAGUGCUUUUCUAGUUUUUUAGAUGGAACAGCUUGAGGUUUCAGUCAGUACAUUGACACUUGAGAAAACCGAAUUAUUGCCUUACUUCGAUGAGGACCUGACAACUGAAGUGCAUGUCAGCACCUUAGUCCGACUAUAAUUGGAGUCAGAGAAGUCCAAUUAAGACUACCAUGUAACCAGCGUAGUUGGAGUAUGAUCGGACAAUGCAUGUGCGUGUGCGCUACGCCCCCGUAACUCCAGAACAAAAACACCAGAGAAGACGAGUAGCGUGCACCUCAUCUGCAGAGAAAGUAGCGCUACAUCAUGUACGACAAAAGCAACGCUGUAAGAUACUCCAUCUUCUAGCUCGAAAAUAUCCAGUAGCAGUUGUAGACACUUGUGACGUCUGGCACGGACCUGCUGUUGUUGUUGACGGUUGUAUGGCGUCAGAAACAGACCCAUAUCGCCCCCUAGUUUUGGGGAGGAGGACACGCAGACAAGGAUAGAAGUCCGAUUUGGCAAAAAAAAAACUAAUUAUGAGCUCAGUUCGAUUCAGCUGUGCAUGUAAACGCACUGACUAACAGCUUAGACACAAAUCAAGCUUGUUCUGGCCUUACCUCGCUACCUUGCUGUCUCAAAAACCAUAAAACAAUCUCACAGUGUUUUGGCAAUAAAAUGGACUUUUGGCGUCGUCAAGGACAGCAGAAACUGAUGCUUUCAAACUAACGUGUCUUUUGGCAGUUUGUGGGGAAUCUUAAAUAUGUGUCCCUUCCCUCUGAAAAGCGACUAUCACCGGGCUCCACUUUCACUCUGAGAUGAAUGUGAGGAUGUGAAAAUGAGCCUCUGAUGCCGAGCAGCGCAGCAGAUGACUAAACACGAGUGGAAAGAUCAUCUCAUAUCCACGGGCAUCACUUUUUACAAAUCCAUAGCUCUUCAUUAAAGCACCUCGAGUCUUUGUUUGAGGAUGUUCAAAAGUGUGCGGCUGACGGGGUCUCCGGUUUUGAUUCUUCUGUCUGUAGCAUCUCUUUCAAAAUCCUCUUGUCAACAUUUUCAGUCUUUCAGAGCCUUGAGCACCAGCUGAGACAGAGCAAACAUAACGGGCUCACAGUUGGCCCUUAUCAGUCCAGCGCAGACUCGAGAUCCACCGUGUUUCUUGAUUCUAAAAAACCAACCUGUUUGUUCCGCGAGGGCCUUUUCCGCCUGUUUAUAAAACUCUCUCUCUCUCUCUCUCUCUCUUACUGUACUGCUCAGGGGUGUUACAUUCAGCCCGGAGUCCUGCGGGACGGCCGCGGUCUGCCUCCACGUUAAGAGGCUGUUUACACGCAUCUCUGAAGUAAACAAAUGGGAUUUGGAUCCGACUGCAAAUUAAAAUCGUUUCUUAGUGAAAGUAACAGCCUAAUAGGGGAGAAAUGGUCCGACAGGAAUAAGCAAUGCCAGGACACGACCUUGUUUUCUGCACUAACAUAUUCCUAAUUAUCCUAAUUGAGCCCCGCAGAUAACCUCUGCAGAGCUUUGAAAAAUCUUUUACAAUGAUGCUGAAAUAAAGCGAUCACCUCAUAUCACACUCGGCUUGUUUCUUAUUCUGUCUCUCUUUCCUUUCACCGCUUUAGCUCAAGUCCUGCCAUCAGUGUCCAGCUGCAACGGGGGUUUCUACGAGAGGAUGAUCAACGACUUUUGCCUUGCGAAAUUCAACUUCGACAUGGCAGGGUUGGACCAAGACCUGUGGUGCAGCUGGCCAGACACCGACGAGUGAGUUGAGAUACUUGAGUCAUGCAAAAUAAGAGGGAAAAAGCCUUGAAAAUGGGUGACUAACCCACACUCCUGUCCAGUUUAGUCAAAGGAAACACAUAAUUCAUCAAGUUCCAUCAGACAGCAAAAGACAAGACCGAAUCAUGACCAAGAACCAAAUAUUUUAUAGCAUAACACUCUACAAGAUGGGCCGUAAUCAAGGGUCUGAAGGUACUAUAGAUGAUCAUUGAGUUUUUGAUCAGUUAAUCCUGAGAGUAGAAAUAUGUUUACAUGAAUAUCACCACAGAGAACUCUUUAAUGUGAACAGAAGUCCCAAAAAACUCUCUGCCUACAUUUUUCUAAAACUCAACACCAAUCCUCCUGUUCCCCAGCAAACACCACCAACACAAAUUCAGCAGGUUUGAAACAAAAGAAAGACAUUUAGUGUCGGAGUUCCCUUUCAAAAAGAAGGUAAAGAAAAAUCCAAAGGUAGGACAACAGUUAAGGAUUAUUGCAGCUCAAGAGGCGUACUUGGUUUGGGAACAGACCACGCCCCCCAAUAACACAAACAUCAAAACCAAGGAAGAGCGAGCUUGGGGAAACCACCUUGCAAAGAUUUAACAGAAAUAAUCCCCCGAAUUAAAAAUCCGACCUCUGUAGUUAAAGGCUGCCCAGUUUGGUAACUAGUUUCAACGAUAGUCUACACAAAACAUGGUCAUAGUUACAGGGACAAUACCCAUUUGUUUCAAAGGCGGAAUCAUGAGACCAAAAAUGGUAUUCGCCGCUUUAAUAAUGCUAACUCAUCCUAACUUUCAGUUGAGGCCGGCCCUUAGCCUCCUGGCUAGCUGCUGCGAUGCGCCUGACUUUUAAUCAGACUAACCCACAAUUUUCAUCAUAUCCGGACUGGCUCCGAUCUGGAACAGCAGCGAUCUUCGCCGUACGCCAAUUCCUACUGGAUCUGUUAGUGAGGCGAAUUUUGAUCAGCCAUGAUUGGUGGAUAUGGCCUUUUCGUACCCCUUUCAGGAUGCGGUGGAAAUUGGGGGUUACAUAAUUUUGUUAAAUUUUAAGCCUCAAAAUAAGUGAGUCAUAAAUGAAAUUUACACACAAAUUCAUAUUCAUGUAAAAGAGGAAAAGGCUACUCAUGAAAAAAUAUAUAUAUAUAUUUUUGUACAUGGCUGCAAACACGUUUAUUCCUGCUUGGUGUUUUUGGAGUCAGCCUCAAGUGGACACUAGUGGAACUGCACUUUUUUGCACAUCGUCAUCAACUCAAUUUUCAUUUGCAGAUCCAGAAAAGUUCAGUUUUAGCGGCAGCCAUCUGAGUUGUUUAUGAUUGAUGUAAAUGCCCCACAUUUCUGUGAUUGGCCUGAACCAAAAAGGGAGUGAAUAAAACAUAAAUUAGGUCGGUUACAUGCAGAACACAACCGGGUUUGUCAGCACUGUAAGCCCCUCUCCCUGGAGGACACGGUUUGUGUCGGAAUAAUGUUGUUCGCCCUGACUUAUGCAACCCACAAUAUGCUGCUCUGACACUCUCUGAUUUGUUUCUGUUUGCCUUUCGGCCAUCGCAAACUCCACUCUACGUUCCAACAACCGCAUUGCACGGUCACGGCCUUUAAGUGCCUCUGCUGAACACUGUAUUGUGUGUGUUUGUGUCAGAUUCUGUCUCUGAGCAGUGCCUUUUCCAAAUACUGGCAGUCGGGGGAUGAGUCAGACAGGAGGCCCACAGGAGAAGAAGCUGCUGUCAAAACUGUGAUUUCCCUCCUGGCUCUCUCCGUCCAGCUCAUAAUUGGUGGUAGUGUGUGGUUUCUUGUCUGUGUGCAUUUGUAACUCAUCAUAGAAGAAUUUGCACAGGCGUACGGCGGGUUUGGCAGUUGCGUCACGAAUACCCCUGGCAACAAUGUUUGACGCCAUCGUCGAGGUCCGUGAGAGCGCUGGCUUUGCAACAGAUAAAUAAGGCAUGCAGAGCAGAAAACAGGAACGCCAGUGAGGCCAGUGAGGGUGCAAACCAAUUAAGAGACAACAAGUCUAUCACUGUAAGACAAGAUGGACUCAAACAGUCCACCUUCUGUCAGCGAAAAACUGGAUUUAAAGGAAAGGCCUGAUUAACAUAACGAGUGAAAUUCCUUAGAUGUGUUUAAAACUUAAACUGUUCCCUACCUGUCUUUGUCCUAUCCGCUCAUAGUUAUGGGGUGCUAACAGCUAGCCUCAGAUGCUUUCUGUGUACAAAGACAUAACAAAGCCGUGUAAAAAGUAACACCUUCAAACUUUUUUUGCAUGCACUCAUGCUAGCAAAUUGCUUUAAACAUGACUAAGAAUAAUAAAUUAGGAGAUUAAGGAUCAUACUUUGUCUCGUUAAAAAACUAAGAUAGUUUUUGUUGCCAACGCACUCAGUUCAAAGUAAGUAGCCUACACUUUUGAAGCGACAAUUUACUGUAACGCCACUUUAAAGAAUGUAAACAUUAACCGGGGCCAGUACAUUAAAUUUUGUUGUUUAACUAUCAGUCCUUUUUAAUCGUAUCAUUUUAUCUGGUGGAUAUUUCUAAUUAGCCAAGUGGGAAAUCCAAAAUAAACACUCACAUCUGUGCAUGUGCAAAAGUGAGUAAUCCGCGGAGAGGUUUGUCUGAUAAUCUGACAGCCACACAUCAGAGAUCUAAACUCACACCAGGAUAAAUAUAGAAACAGGAGUUCUAGGUAUCAUUAAAAGCCACCUAACGCCGUAUAUCUGUUCCAAGUUUGGUCUCUGGCUGCCAAGUGGAGGAUGAAAGGUCGAUUUAUUUAUGAAACUGCAGGAUUUGAAGUGAAACUAAAAGGUUUCAAGAGGCAUGAGUCCAGGAAAUGUUUAGAUCAACUCCAUAUUAAAGAGCUGAACACUCAGUUAUGAUCCAAUUUUAGAUGUUCAGUUUAUUAACUCCUGACAUAACAUGAAGUUUUAACUCUAAAUACAAACAAACUACAGCUACUGAAGCUUCUGACUGAGGUGAGAAGUUUGGAUCCAUCCAAACUUUUGUUCUUUGCUGAUGGUGCUCUGUCUUUAAAAGCAGCUCCUGAGGUAAAGGAUAUUUUUAUCCUUUUAUGUUACGGCCAUUGAAACUGGUAGAUGUUAUCAUGGUUCCUCUUUAUUAGCUCUCUGAGGAUUACUCUUCAUUUUCCCAUUUUGCUUGCCUCUAAACUCAAAAAGUCUCUCCAUACCUUGAGGUCAGUGGAUGUUUGAGGGGCAAAGGUGAAAAAAAUCUAAGGGUACCUGCUGUUCACUAUAAAUGAUUUUAGAUUAUUAUACUGAAGACACAAACUUGUGUAAAUACUGAACAUAUAAUCAAGUGAAAAUUCAAACUGGGCCCUCUGUUUACAUUUGGCAGCCAAGAGAGCAACUAAAGGGAAUCGAGCUAAGAUUUUAUACACCAAAAAGGCCACUUUGUUUAUAUUUAUACAGCAGAAGGGCAUCAAGGUGGUACUUUGUUUACAUUUAUACACCAAAAAAGCAUUCAGAAAACACUUUGUUUACAUUUUACACACGGGGAAGUCAUCAAGAAUUCAUUUAAUUUACAUUUAACGUACUCAAAGGGCACCUAGAAGACACUUUGUUAACAUUUUGGCCAUUAGAGGGAAUUCAGAGGGCACUUUGUCUAUAUCUUACAUACUGGUAGAGCAUCCAGAAGACACUUCAUUUACAUUUUAGCCAUUAGAAGGCAUUCAGAGUGCACUUUGUCUACAUCUUACAUACUGAAAGGGCACCUCGACGACACUUUGUUAACAUUUUAGCCACUAGAGGGCAUUCAGAGGGCACUUUGUCUAUAUCUUAAAUACUGGUAGAGCACCUAGAAGUAAUUUGGUUGAAAUUUUAGCCACUAGAGGGCAUUCAGAGGGCCCUUUGUCUAUAUCUUACAUACUGGUAGAGCAUCCAGAAGACACUUUAUUUACAUUUUAGCCAUUAGAAGGCAUUCAGAGGGCCCUUUGUCUAUAUCUUACAUACUCAAAGGGCACCUAAAAGACACUUUAACAUUUUAGUCAUUAGAGGGCAUUCAGAGUGCAUUUUGUCUAUAUCUUACAUACUGGUAGAGCAUUUAGAAGACACUUUGUUUACUUUCAGUACACUGUAAACUUUUUUUAUGUCUAACACACUAAAGGAACAGCCACAAGAGACUUUGUUGACUUUUUUUAAAACUGGAAAGGCAUUCAGAGGGCACUUUGUCUACAUUUCCUGAAGUAUUAAAAUAAACCUCUUAUGCAGGAUUUCCUAAAUUAGGCUCAAGCGUUCGGUGUAACUAGCACAUGCGAUUUUCAUACCAAAGUUUGAUCUAGCAAUCAGAUUAAAACGUUUUAUAGUCGGAGAAUCAUCUAUAAUCUGAAUUGUUAAUUUGGAGUGUCUGUAUUGGAGUGUAUGAGCGUUUAACAGUUAUGAAGUUUCCGGAGGUGUAAAUAUUGUGUUUGUUUGCAGCCGUACUUCAAGAUAAAUCUCCCUGGUGAGAUAUGAAAGGCAGAAAACAAAUUAGACUGUUGACGUCUUUGGGAGCAACCUUUUUUUCACAGUGUUGACUCGUGACCUGAAGCGUGAGUCCAGAUCUUAAACUUUAACCUCAGUGUUUAUUCCCAAACCUGAUCCGUGGCGUUAGCACUGCAGUGCAGAUCUCAGAAACAGCUUCAGGUAAGAAGGGAAAUACUCAAGCAGGAGGGAGUACAAACACAGGCAUCAAGCGCACACAUAUAAGGAUCUGGCAUAUGAAGAAUAAUUCUGAGCUUCAGGACUAUUCGCAAUUAAAUGCAAGUUUAAUUCUUGACCAUAUUAACUCAAAGAGAUCAACUUAAAUCGAGUGAAUGAGAUGCCUAUAAACUUUAGGGGUAUAAUGGAAAAACUGAGCUGCCUCUUUGCUGCGAUGACUCAGAUGGUGGUGAUUGAUGUCAUUUAAGUGACAUUUCUCCUGCCUGAAUUUGACAUUUUAGAUGCACAUUAAAACUGGAUGGUUGCUAACAUGAAUCCCCGACCACCUGCCUCUGCUGCCAUGCGGGGUUGAAUCUCUGCUGCCCUGUUGGUAUGCAUCUCCAUUUUCCCCUGCCCUCUUCCACCUAGCAGUUAUAUUUAGCCACCUUAAGCCCACUGGUAAUUCUAGACGCUUGUUUGCCAGCAGGAAUCUCUACUCUGGUGUCAGUCUGAAAGGGCGUUCAAAGACAGUACAGGAGACUGGGUCGAAUCCAAAGACUGUAUUUAGUGAAAUUUUCACCAUUAUCUUGUUUUCUAGGAUCUACGAAGGACUGACAAACUGCACCUUCCAGGUGGCGCUGAGGGUCGACUGCUUCUGGCCCAAUCAGAUAGUGGACCGCUUCUUCAUGCAGGUUCACCGGGACUACUUUCACGACUGCGCCCUCACCGGCCGGCAGCUCCACGACCCGCCCAUCGCCAUCCUCGCCCCGUUCAUCGCAGUGCCGGUGCUGAUCACUCUGCUCAUGACCGCCCUGGUGGUGUGGAGGAGUAAACGCACAGAGGGGGUUUUAUGAAGUCCGAUUUUGGACGUACAUGUGGACUCUAUACAGAGACAGAUCAUGUGAAAAUAAUCAUCUUAAAGUCUUUUUGCUUGUUUAUUUUUUUAUUUAUCAACUGAAAAGGUGUUUUGCGUCCAUUAGCAUCAGAUCAAGUUACAUUUUUGAGCUGCGAGGAUGUUGUCUGAACAAUUUAAAGUAGCAUAUGUUAAUGUUUUGGUGCCGCCGGAUACUUGUUAUCACUGAUCAAUACAAGAGCAACAUACUGAUAGUUUACUAGAUUUUUCAUGUUGAGCUACAAGCGUUCAGACUUGGAGAGCAGCUGCCGUGUGAAUAUGAUGAAUUGCAAUGGAAAAAAAAAGCAGUUGACCUCGUUGCCUUAACGUGUAAUAAAAGCUUCUUUUGCUAUGAAAUGAUAAUUUAUGUGCGCAGUCAUUUGUAGCGGAUUACUGUCAGAGUUUGGCGGAGGAGGGGGGAAAGUAACAAAGUCUUUGUGAUUCAGGGGAAUUUGGAGGCCAUGCAUGUUAAUUACCAUCUGUUCUCCUGGCCCUUAACAGUCUGUGUUCACAUAAAUAACACCGGAGAGGAGGACUCUCAGGGAGGAGCCAUGACUUGGAUGAAUGACUGUUAUAAAUUUGGAAAGACAGGAUGAGGAGGUCUGGACAGGGAAGGUCAGGGUCUUUUAUUGAGUUUAUUAUUGAUGUUCCAAUAUGUAAAUGUUAGAAGAUUAGAAAAUAAUGUUAAUGUGUAAGAGUAAUUGGUUUAAUUCAAGAUAUGGACAUGAUUUUGGUUGUACAUAAAGCUCAAAGUGGUCACUGAUAAAUUAUGACAGGGCUCCAUCUAGUGUUCACACUGGGGGGUUUCCCACUCAUAGAGGGGCCAGAUCUCCCAAUGCUGGAGGUGGUUUAACAGUAAGAGUACACCCUAAAUAUCAGUAUUCAGAGUUAAACGUCAUAUGUUUGGGUAUUACAAUCCAACUUUGGGUUUUUGAGUUUCU